GCCUCCUCCUCGUGCACGCGACUGAAGCUUCAAAAUCAAGAUGGCUACCCACAGUGCUGUGCUCUCGAUGUCCAAAAUUAUAAAUCCUUUCUGGGGUGGACGACUUGGAAAUACGGUUAAAGUAUUUGGAACAACUCUGACAAGUCACAGGAACAAGGCCACUCAGAGAGACAACAUUCCCCCUCCUGCAAAGUAUGGAGGCAGACACACUGUGACUCUCAUACCUGGAGAUGGAAUCGGCCCAGAGCUGCUAAGUCAUGUCAGAGAGGUUUUCAGAUUCAGCUGUGUGCCGGUGGACUUUGAGGUGGUGUAUGUCAACUCUGCGAUGGAGACCGAGGAUGAUAUCAACAACGCCAUCACUGCCAUUCGCCGUAACGGAGUUGCCCUUAAAGGUAACAUAGAAACCAAACAUACCAUGGCGCCAUCUGUCAAAUCCAGGAAUAAUCUCCUACGCACAAGCUUAGACCUGUACGCCAAUGUGAUGCACUGCCAGUCGCUCCCUGGAGUCCAGACACGCCACAAGAACAUUGACAUUAUGAUCAUCAGGGAGAACACAGAGGGAGAGUACAGCAGUCUGGAGCACGAGAGUGUAUCAGGAGUAGUGGAGAGUCUUAAGAUCAUUACCAGGAACAAUUCCCUCAGGAUCGCCGAGUAUGCCUUCAAGCUGGCCAGGGAAAAAGGUCGUCGUAGGGUCACCGCUGUACACAAGGCUAACAUCAUGAAGCUGGGCGAUGGCUUGUUCCUGCAGUGUUGCAAAGAAGUGGCCUCUGGUUACCCCGACAUCACAUUUGACAGUAUGAUUGUGGACAACACCACCAUGCAGCUGGUGUCCAAGCCCCAGCAAUUUGAUGUGAUGGUGAUGCCCAAUCUGUACGGGAACGUGGUGAGCAACGUGUGUGCAGGCCUGGUGGGAGGGCCUGGCCUCGUGCCCGGUGCUAACUACGGCCGUGACUAUGCUGUCUUUGAAACGGCCACAAGGAACACAGGGAAGAGUAUUGCGGACAAGAACAUUGCUAACCCCACUGCCAUGCUGCUAGCCAGCUGCAUGAUGCUGGACCACCUCAAGCUUUAUGACUACGCAGCUAUGAUCCGAAGUGCAGUCCUCACCACCAUGAAUGAAACCAGGUUGCAUACAGCUGAUAUCGGGGGUCUGGGCACCACGUCAGAGGUGGUCCAGUCCAUCAUGAGGAUCAUCCAGAGUAAUGGGCAGCUCACGUCUCAGUUCUAAACACACAUAUCAAUCACAGGUGUGAGUGUGAAGAGGUUAUCCAUGCAUGUCUGUUUCCAUGGCGUCGGGUCAUAGCGCUGACCAGAACGUUUCCUUUUUUUGUUCUUGUUCACACAGUUUACUGGUCACUGUACAAACAACCUUUUAUCCACACAUGUGUGAGUUUGGCGUGUAAUAAUGUCCUUGGCGAGACAGAUUUUAAAAUGGUUUACUUUUGAUCAAAUUCCAGUAUCAUUAUACUGUACGGUUAUUUUCUGAGUUCAUCAAGUUAAAAAAUUCUGUUCUUAUAAACUGUUAUGAAACAUGACAAGGCAUUUCUUGUUAAAUGUCACUGGCCUGCCACAUGUUAGGGUGAGAAAUACUUAAAAUAUCCUAACAUGCACAUGCAUUUCCCACUCUGCCUUCUCCACUCUGGAUCAUUAUUUAUUCUCCAAAUUACAACUACGUUACAGCCUUUUAAUCAACCAAAAUGUGCUAUGAUCGUUAACGCCUUACCCUUAUGUGUCAUACUGUAACUUUAAUAUCAAGGUGCCUGUUAUAUGUUACAUGUUCUGUCCUGUGUGUUCACAUCAGAUCAACUGUACAUUAAAAACUGUAAUGUAGCUAUUUCAGAUAUACUGUAUCAGAGGAGGUGCACAUCCUGUUGUCUUAAAGUCUAAGCAGACAAGAGCUCUUAAAGCCAGACAUGAGAAGACUGCUUUUAUCAUAACUGUGGGCGGAUAUAUAUACUGUAUAACACAAAUAAAGAAGAAAUAAUCUUCCCUA